CCGUCUCUCCAUUUCGUCGCCCAGCCCUCCAUAGGCUCACUCAGUCAGCGAGACCUCUGCCUCAGCUCGCCUCCUCUCCAUGGCCGACCGCGUCCACCCUGUGCCGCCGCCUCCGUCUCGCCUCCCCGCCGACGCCGAAGCCCCCGCCACUGUUGCCGGCGCGGCGCCCACGGAGACCACGCCGCUGCAGUACCCGUCCUUCAACAGCCCGCCGUCGCCGCCGCCCGGCACCUACAUCAUCCACGUGCCCAAGGACCAGGUCCUCCGCGUCCCGCCCCCGGACCGCGCGCGCCGCUACAAGAAGCUCGCCGCGCGCCCGGCCCGCCGCCGCCUCCUCCGCCGCGCCUGCUGCUGCUCCUGCGCCGCGCUCCUCCUCCUUCUCUUCCUCGCCGCGGCCUUCGCCGGCGCCGUCUACCUCGUAUUCCACCCCCGCGCGCCCACCUUCUCCGUCGCCUCCCUCUCCAUCCGCGGCCUCGGGGCCGCCCUGCCGUCCUCCGCCGCGCUCUCCCCCGAGAUCAACGCCGCCGUGCGCGCGGACAACGGCGCCAACAGGAAGGUCGGCGUCGACUACCGCGGCGGCGGGAGCGUCACGGUCUCCUACGCCGGGCAGCGGCUUGCCGCGGGACCGUGGCCCGCGUUCCGGCAGGCGCCGCGGAACGUGACGGUGUUCGCGGCGGCGAUGAGGGGCCAGGGCGUGCGGCUGACGGAGGAGCAGGCGGGGCGGCUCGCCGCGGAGCGGGCCGCGGGCGCCGUGACGCUGGCGGUGGAGGCGAGGGUGCCCGUGCGGCUGCGCUUCGGCAAGGUGCUGCGGACGUGGACAGUGGACGUGAAGGCGCGGUGCGACGUGGCCGUGGACAGGCUGGAGGGGGACGCGGCGGCGGUGAACAGGGGGUGCAGGGUGAAGGUCAGGCCGCUCUGGUGGUGGUGGUGAUCGCCGCCGCCGCCGCCGCCGGCGCUCCUGUCCACAUGCAUAGUUAAUGCCGUCUAAUUAAUACAAACGGCUAGUGAUUAAUUACUCAACGGUGUACUAUUGUAAGAGAGAGAUUACUAGUAGAAGGGUUGCCUGUGGAGUAAAUUAUUUCAAAACAAAAUUCUAGAGAAAUUUUUUGGGGUGUGGGUGUAUAUAUGUGUACAAUACUAUAUACUAUUGGGAGAUGAUGUGAGGGAGUUAUUCAGAACAUGUACAGAAUGCUCACCGGGUUGCAUCAUCACAUGUUAAUGCUGAAAUAAAGAAAGGUGAACAUAUUAUUCUGUAA